AGAAAAUAGAUAUUGAUUGCUUACAUUUUUCACAUAAUCAAUAUAUGAUAUAAAUAUUAUGAGUUUGUAAUUUGAAAUGUUCAUCUCAAUGGCUGUGCUCCAUAAUUUACAAGUAGUUAACGCGUUGUUAAACGCGUAUAACCGCUUUGAAUACAUUUUAGGAAUAAAAUGCACUCCAGUCUUCAGAGAAAAAUUUCCAACAUUUUGUAUAAAAAAACGUGAAAGAAAAACAUAACAAAAAAAAAAGAAUUUUUCAAAUAGUAUAUAUUGUAACUACCAUUUCGAUUCCUACCACAUUAAACACACGUGUGAUUUAUAAUAUUUCUUUUGAUUUCCUUAGAUUUUCUUAUAUCGAGCACCAUUCAAAUAAAACUAUCACGAUUAUUGCUUUUUCCUUUGAUUUAAUAUUUCUCUCGCAUCUCAAUUCCUCUAUAUAUGUGUCACUCUUUAAGAGAUGUACUUUAAUAUUUAUUGAAUGUUAAACGAAUAAGGAAAUACUAUGAUAAAUUAUAAUACGAAAAUGUAAAAUAAAUAAAUGUGUCCCCGAUUAGAGAUAAAAGGAUUUUUCUCUCGUGUUUCAAUAUUUGAAUAUGACAUUUACGAUAUAGGCAUGCGUCGUACAUGCACAUAUAUAUAUAUAUAUAUAUACCGCAAAUCAAUACGAGUAUGAUUAAUCCUAUUAAACUUAACCAAUAACAUAAUCUAACCUAUAAGCGAUAUUAUAUUGUCAUUCAUUAUUUUGUUGUGUAAACAUAAUUUAACAAGUUGUAAACAUAAAAAUGUUAUAAAUCUUGAUCGUAAAAUAUAGUAAAUAUGUCCGUAGAUUUGAUAGGAAGUAAAGAGUUGCAUUUGACUAGGUUAGUUCGAUUUCCGGAAAGAAGGAAUCAUCCAAGCAACAAAGUUGGAAUAGCGGACUUGCUUGAAAAUGACUGCUGUUGCUAUGUCUCCUGCUUCUCAUGGUAUUAUUCAAGUAGUUAAUGAAAAUAAUUUACUUAAAAUUGAAAGUUUUCUCAAUGACACAGCAUACAGGGAAGCCAUUGAAAACUCGUCGAAUUAUAAUAGUCGAUUAUGCAGAGAAAGAAGGUUACGUAUGCCUUUUUUGGACUCGCAGACGGGUGUAGCACAGAAUCAUUCGACACUGUUCAUGUCACCAAGAGAAAGGUUACCAGGAUUAUUACAUGGACAAAUUUAUACUUAUCCAAGCAAGCGAUGGAGAAAAAAGCGGCGUCAGUAUCUAAUGCAUUAUUUACAUCCCAAACGUGGACCAAGAGGUGACACAGAAGAUGGAUCAGAGGGUAUAGAAACUAUAACGCACGUUAACGAUGAUAGUAAAGAAUCAGUUGGACUUAAAGAUGAACAUAGUAAAGAUGCAUGGUAUUACGACGAACAAGACAUGUUGGAUAUGGAUGCAUACGAAGAACCAGACCCAGACAGUGAUUAUGAUUAUGAAGAAAGUUACAGUAGUAAAAGGAAAAGAAGAAAACAAAGAGGUGGUGGGCAUCAUCCUGCCAGAAGUCAUCCACCGACCACAGAUAGUCCUGGGACCAAACGUACAAAGGGUGGGGGACGUGGCAGAAAGAAAACAAACUAUGAUGCCGUAGACUCUGAUAAACCAUUCGUUUGUGACCUAUGCAGCGCACGGUAUAAAACCAGACCUGGUCUGGUCUACCAUUAUGGUCAUUCCCACUCUACCUCCUCUGGUGAUCCUGCUAAGGAACUAAGUCCCAGUCCUGCCGAAGUUGAACCUAGGAGCGUUGCAGACACCGCUGCUUCGAACCAGCCAGGUGGUACACGUCGGGGUCGUCAGAACAACAUUCCCUCGAGUACCUCGAGUCCCUCUCCCGCGGCACCAGCUGUCCCUGCUGCGGGAGCUCCAACGCAGCCACAACCACCGGCACAGUUGCCACCAACACAGACGCCCAUUGCACCAACCUCGCCAACUUUGCCACCACCUAAGGAAGAUCUCCUACCGGCUGUAGCGUCUCCUGGUACUACCGCUGUACCUUCCCCAUCUUCAGUUAGACCCGAGGUUGGACCACCCACUACUACUCCUGGACCGGCGGAGAAAAAGCCUGGAAAAUCAGCUCAACCCUCUCCCUACUGUGACUUUUGUUUGGGCGAUGCAAGAGAGAAUAAAAAAACAGGCGGAUCAGAGGAAUUGGUCUCUUGCAGUGAUUGCGGUCGCUCAGGGCAUCCAACAUGUUUGCAAUUCACUGCAAACAUGAUCGUUUCUGUUCGCAAGUACAGGUGGCAAUGUAUCGAAUGCAAAUGUUGCUCCAUAUGUGGCACUUCUGACAACGACGAUCAGCUGCUGUUCUGUGAUGACUGUGAUCGUGGGUACCACAUGUAUUGUCUAUCUCCACCUCUUGCAUCUCCUCCAGAGGGCUCCUGGUCUUGCCGUCUGUGCAUAGCAGAAUUUCAUCGACGUGAUUAAGUCUGAUAUCUUAGAUAAGUCACGUGAUUUUAUCUAUUUCUCGCUGUGCGGUGCGACUACGGUUGUCUUUGAAUUAGGAGAGUAUUCUUUACAGCCAAUCCUCAAAUCCUUAACUCCUCCAACCCCCCUCCCCCUCCUUGACUCGGCCCGAUUUUCCGUAUAUAGUAUUAUUAUUAUUGUAGAUUUUAAUGAUCUAUAUCGAUCCGCUGAAUUUAAUAUUAGUUUAUUCUUAACGAAACAUCCAAGGAGAAGAGAUUUUUAUUCAUUAAUGAGAUAUCUCCAAAACAUUUGCCAUUCUUUUUAUUUUCUUCAUUUGUUUAAACUGUAUUUAUUAAAAAUGAACGAUUAGAAAGAGAGUAUACGCGACUCGCUGUGGUUUAUUAGACAUCUCUCAGGCAUUGCUGGAUCUCAGAAAGCUAAAAAUGUAAUAAAUGUAUUUAUGAUUUUAUUUUUAUUUUUUAUUUUUAUUUUUUUUUUUU